AUGGCGCUGGACGGACCCAGCAAUUAUGUUGCUCCUAACAACUUGACCGAGUCCCCGGACUCCUUACCGAUCUUCGAUGUGCAGCGGGUGCAGCUCCAGUUCUCCAUCGCGGCCGACUUCGUGGCGGCGCAAGUCGCCAACAAUGUUCUGAUUCUGGCUUUAUCGACUAAUCGUAUUCUACGAAUUGAUCUUGAUUCCCCUGAAGAUAUUGAUGACAUCGACUUGCCCAAGAAGUCCUCAGAGAUCGGCCUGAUCCGUCGCAUGUUCCUUGAUCCAUCGGCAUCGCAUCUUAUUAUCAGCACGACCCUCGGCGAGAAUUACUAUCUCCACACGCAAUCUCGUCAACCCAAAGUCCUGUCCCGCCUGAAAGGCGUCUCUAUCGAAAGCAUUGCCUGGAACCCUUCGUUGCCAACUGCUUCGACACGCGAGAUUCUUCUGGGCACAACAGACGGUAGCAUAUAUGAGACAUACAUUGAACCCUCGACGGAGUUUUAUCGGCGCGAAGAGAAAUAUGCUACUGCAGUUUAUAAAGUGCCUGACGCGUCACCCGUUAUCGGGAUCUGCGUCGAGGUACCCUCAAGAGCUGACCAAAGGAGAGUGAUUGUUGCCACUUAUGGAAGACUGGUCCACCUACUGGGCCGUAUUGGUGCAACAAAGCAUGGAAGAGAGGGCGGUGGAUCUAUAUAUGCUGAUUUGUUUCAGCGCGAGACGCCCCUGGCCCACGAGAUUCCCCAUCCAUCUGGCUCAGCACCAUCGUCCUUGACGGUCUCAUCAUCGACUACUUCUCCCACUGUAACGGGCGGUGGAUUCAAGACAGAGGAAUCCGAUGCAAAGGAAUUUGCGUGGCUGAGCUCCAACGGCAUCUACCAUGGCCAACUUAACUCCGAGUCGCCAUUUGACACUGCAAAGAUGCUGCCUCGGUCAAAGUUCCCUGCCUCUGAAUCUGCUCGGGGCGGACGAAAGAUGAUACAAGAUCCAAUCACAGCAAUGACAUUGUCUCAGUGGCAUGUUUUAGCGCUUGUCGAAGGACGAGUCGUUGCCGUCAAUCGUUUGAAUGAGGAGGUUGUGUAUGAACAGACUGUUCUGGAGCCGAGACAGAGUGCCCUGGGUCUCUUGACGGACCUCACACAGAACACAUACUGGUUAUUCACAAGCCAAGAGAUCUAUGAAGUGGUUGCCAAUGAUGAGGACCGAGACAUAUGGAAAGUUCUCCUUCGUGAGCAGAAAUUUGACGAAGCGCUUCAAUAUGCCCGUGGCCCUGCACAGCGUGAUGCUGUCUUGACUGCCUCGGGCGAUUUCUUAGCCAAGCAUGGUCGCUUUUCCGAAGCUGCAAAGGUAUGGGGCAAGAGUAGCAAGGGCUUCGAGGAAGUGUGCUUGACUAUGAUCGAUAACAAAGAGUAUGAUUCCUUGCGGAAGUACCUUAUCUCCCAGUUGUCUACAUAUAAGAAAUCAUCUGUCAUGCAAAGACUCAUGGUCGCAAGUUGGCUUGUGGAGCUUUUCAUGUCCAAGUUGAAUUCUUUAGAUGACAACAUCGCAACUAAAGCAGAGUUGACAGAAGGUGUCACUACUGGGGAGAUCAAAGAUGAGCUAGGGAGUGUCCGAGCAGAGUUUCAAGAGUUCGUGAAUAAACACAAGGCGGACUUGGAUAAAAAAACGGUAUAUGGAAUCAUCAGCAGCCACGGACGCGAAGCAGAACUGCUUUUCUUUGCUACGGUCGCUGGUGAUUUCAACUAUGUUUUGUCUUAUUGGAUACAAAGAGAGAAAUGGGCCGAAGCUCUGAGUGUCUUACAGCGCCAGAGCGACCCAGACGUAUUCUACAAGUACAGCAGUGUGCUCAUGACACAUGCCGCCACAGGAUUGAUUGAGAUUUUGAUGCGACAGACAAAUCUUGACACUGAGCGGCUCAUUCCUGCACUGCUCAAUUAUAACAAGACAGCCAGUGCCAGCGUCUCAUUAAACAACAACCAAGCUGUCCGAUACCUGAACUUUAUCAUCGUCAAUCACCCAAAUCCCUCUGCAGCUGUUCAUAACACACUCAUUUCCAUCCACGCAUCUAGUCCGUCAAAUUCAGAAGCCGGGCUACUCACAUACCUCCAGUCGCAGCCAUCAUCUCCUCCAUAUGAUGCUGACUUUGCUCUCCGGCUUUGCAUUCAACACAAACGUGUGCAAUCAUGUAUCCAUAUCUACAGCGCCAUGGGACAAUACCUACAGGCAGUAGAGUUAUCUCUGGAGCAUAACGAUAUCGAGCUCGCUGCGAUAGUUGCGGACAGACCCGCUGGCAACAAUAAGCUUCGCAAAAAGCUUUGGCUUUUGGUUGCUGAGAAAAAGAUUCGCCAGCCAGGAACAGGUAUCAAAGAUGCGAUCGAGUUUCUGCGCCGCUGUGAGCUCCUUCACAUUGAGGAUAUGAUUCCAUUCUUUCCGGACUUUGUGGUCAUUGAUGACUUCAAAGAUGAGAUAUGUACCGCCCUGGAGGAAUACUCGCGGGAUAUCGAUGUCUUGCGCCGGGAGAUGGAUAACUCAGCAAAUACUGCCCGCCAAAUACGCAACGAAAUUGCGGGCUUGGAUACUCGCUAUGCUAUUGUAGAGCCUGGCGAGAAGUGCUGGAUCUGUUCAUUGCCACUUCUAAGCCGUCAAUUCUUCGUCUUCCCUUGCCAACAUGCUUUCCACAGCGACUGUCUGGGUAAAGAGGUACUGGAGGGCGCUGGGGGCAAGAAGAAGUAUAUCCGAGAUCUACAGCUACAUUCAAGCAAGGAAGAUCUUUCAAGCUCGCGACGAGAGGAGAUCGUGAAGGAAUUGGAUGGGCUUGUUGCUGAAUCAUGGUGA